CGGUAACCCGGUGCACUGGCCAGAAAACAACAACAAUAACAGUCAAACAAACAAACAACAAAAACAAGCUGAGAGCGCGGAGGAGAGAGGCGCCAAAACAACACCACACACACUCUCAGGUCUGUUCUGAGCUGCAGGGAUGAAAGCUGCGGCUCCAGGAGGAUUCCUGGUGCUGCCGUGGCCUGGCUUUGGCGGCUCGGACCCGGAGCCGGAGCCCGUGGAGGAGAGCCGGGGCGGGUUUAUGCUGAGAUGUGGAGCUCUGCUGGGACUCACUCUGAUCUGUGUGGCCGUGUUGAGGAGAUGGAUUGCAGGUGGAGUGUGUCGCUCUACGGUUCGAUUGGAUGGAAAGACAGUUCUUAUCACCGGAGCAAACACAGGCAUCGGCAAAGAGACCAGCAGAGACAUGGCAAGCAGAGGGGCCCGGGUGGUGAUGGCAUGCAGAGACUUGACCCGGGCAGAGCGGGCAGCUGAGGAGAUCCGUCAGUCCACAGGAAACGGUAAUGUGGUGAUCAGACACCUGGACCUCGCCUCUCUUUACUCCGUCAGACAGUUCGCUAAAGACUUCUUGGACACUGAGGACAGACUGGACAUCCUCAUCAACAAUGCAGGAGUGAUGAUGUGUCCAAGAUGGCUGACAGAGGACGGUUUUGAGACUCAGCUGGCUGUCAAUCAUCUGGGUCACUUCCUGUUGACCAAUAUGCUGCUGCCAAAGCUGAAGAGCUCCGCCCCCAGCCGCGUGAUCACCGUGUCAUCCAUCGCCCACAGAGGAGGUCGUAUCGACUUCGAGGACUUGUUCUUCAGCAAGAAGAAGUACAGUUCUCUAGAGAGCUACAGACAGAGCAAACUGGCCAACGUCCUGUUCGCCAGGGAACUCGCCCGAAGACUCAGAGGCUCUUGUGUGUACUCGUUCUCUCUCCACCCGGGUGUAAUCCGGACUGAACUGGGUCGUCAUGUUCACGGCUGGUUCCCCCUGCUGGGGGCGCUGCUGAGCCUCCCGUCCCUGCUGCUCAUGAAGACUCCCUAUCAGGGCUGUCAGACUACUGUGUACUGCGCCGUGAUGCCAGGACUGGAGAGCCUGUCCGGACGAUACUUCAGUGACUGUGCAGAGAAGGAAGUAGCUCCAGAGGGGCGGGAUGACCUUGUGGCGAAGAGGCUGUGGGAGGAGAGCGCCCGAUUGGUUGGGCUAAAGGACACGUGCUGACCUCUGACCUCGGCCCUGAUGUCUGUGUGCAGCAGGAAAAAAGGAAGCUAAGCAUCGACAGACUGUGGCGCCCCCAUCAGGUCAGACAGAGGAUUACAACGAGCAUCAGUGAGAAACUGUGAUUGACAGCUGAGGGGAGCCAAUCAGAGGCAUCCUAAGGGCAGGAUGGGAGAAAUAAAUUAAAAAAAAAACGCUAAAUAAUAAUUUUAAUAAUUUGACCGAGUAUAUCAGGGUUUAGUUAGUUAGAUAUCAAGUCAUAAUUUGAAGAUAUUUUUGAGAAUUUGUAUUUUUUUGUUCACUUAUUUUCCAUAAAAACUCAGAACCAAACAUGGAUCUCAUCUCAGUUUUUAAACAGCUGUGAUGUUACGAAAAAUAUUGUGGUUGUUGUUAGGACAUAUGCCUGUAUGAACUGGAGUGCUUGAGAACGCAGUGCCUGAUUGGACGGUGUUUAACUGUGACCUUCGAUCUGCAGUAAUGUCACAGGUGAUUUUUAAAUAACGUUUGGACUGAAUGGUUUUCUGGUUUCAAGAUACAGUUUCCUCUAGAGCAGUCUUCAAAUACAAAAUGUUUCCUUAAUGUCUCAUCGAAGUUUUCUUCAUGUUUCCUUCAUGUUCCCAUUAUGUUCGUCGAUGUUCCCUUUAAAUUUAUCUGCUAUUCUGUUAAUUUUUCCUUCAUUUUCGCUGUUAUGUUUCGUCACAUUUCUUUCACGUGUCUUCGCUGUGUCCUUGAUGUUCCCUUCAGUUCUCUUUCAUCUUUGCUGUUUGUUUCCUUCACACUCCCCUCUUGUUUCGUGAUGAUUUUCUUCAUGUUCCUUUAAUUUACUCACCUUCUCUUCAUCUUCUUAAUGUUCCUGACAUGUUCUCUUUUUGUUGUCUUAAUGUUCCGUUUGAGUUUCCUUAAUGUUUGCUCCACUUGAGUCGGCGAUACUUGAGGGUGUUUGUCUUCAGCUGUGUGAAUAUGAGGAGCUCUGUUUGUUACAUUAAAGGUUGACAGAAGUAAAAAAAAAAGUUCAAUGUUUUGUAUAUUCAGGAAGUCAGAUUAAGAAGCUUCAUGUUUAACGGUGUGUUUUUGAGUUUAGAUCAAAAUAAAUAAAAAUCACGUUGA